GAAACCUCCCAGUCUCCUCUCCCGGCCCCGCCCCACUCCGCCCCGCCCCACUCCGCCCUGCUGCUCCUUCGCGGCUGCUGGCUGCCUCUGGAAACCUAAAGGAUGAGCUGAAGCUCCGCAGCUGUUACUGUUACCAGCGCUAAUCACAGGGGCUUUACGUUUGGCCGGAAGCCCCUUUCCCUGCGCCGGGUCCCAGCUCAUUUCCUGUCCGGCUCCGCACGUCCAGCAGCGACCUGGCUCUGCAGGCAGGCGGCCCAGGCGCCCGGGGGUAAGGGGGCUCCAUCCCAGGACCCCAGCAUCAGGACAACAGAAAGCAGCCACUUAACCAACUGAGCCACCCAGGACCCCCACCCCCCGAACCUCCCGCAAGCCAUUCUGGUUUUUAUUUUAGGCACAGUAUUCCAUAAAUGACGUGAGCUACUCAACACUCAUUAUAAAAUAGGCUUUGUGUUAGCUGAUUUUGCCCAACUGUGGGCUAAUCCUGUGGUGUCUACCUGAAGAACAUUUUACUUUAAAAGGAAAAGAUGCUAUCUCCAAAUGAUAAAAAGUUAGAAAAGCUGGAUCCAUUUUAUCGACCUUCUAUGUCCAAGCAGAAGACCAGUGCAGAAAUCAUAAGUGAAGCACGAAAUGCAUUAAGAACAGUUGGGACACAAAGACCAUUUACACCACGGGAAGACCAAAGAAAACUCUUUGGUCCUGCAUCUUCCAGAACACCAGAAAACAGACCUCCUUCUUCCUUCAGCCUUCAUGCAUCCAGUUUUGAGUCAUCUGAGUCCAGGCCCAUCUCUGGUGCUCGUCUCAGUCCACUAGAUUUUAAACCGAAAGCUCCGGCAUCUCCCACCACGGAGGAGGAUCCUUGCCUUGCCUUUCCCAAGCCCCCAGUGGACCCAGCGAAGAUCAGAAGACUAAGCAGUGCCCGGGCUCGCUUAUUCAGGGCGGCCUCCCAGGGGGCCCUGCUGCCCGACAGAACCCUGCCUCCUGCUGAGUCAAAGACGACGGUGGAACCCAAGGAAACAGUUGUGAUGGGGGACCCUAUGGUGAAAAUAAACGGGAUUUAUUUAACAGAAUCAAGAGCUGUUGGCCGCUUAAAGAGUCACCCACUUCAGCUAACUUAUGAUGGAGGCUUCAGUGAAAUCAAGAAGCAAGAAAUGCUCAAAGGGACAACCACCUUGCCAUCUCAUCUCAGAAGUGGAGGGGACCAGGGGAAGAGGCGUUCAAAAGCCUCAUCUUGUUUCAACAGCUCAGACCUGAGCCGACUGGAAACCAGAGCAGCCUCAAAAGCUGAUGUGCAAGAAAAGGAGACAGAAAUAGAAGUAGAUGAAGUCUUUUGGAAUACCAGGAUCGCACCAAUUUUGCACCAAUUAGAAAAGGAAGAAAACAUUGAAACGAUUUGUGCUGCUUGCACACAACUUCAUCACGCUUUAGAGGAAGGAAACAUGCUUGGAAAUAAAUUUAAGAGAAGAAGUGUUCUCCUGAAGACCCUGUAUAAACUAGUUGAUAUUGGUUCAGACUUGCUCAGCCUUAAACUUGCAAAAAUUAUUCUAGCACUUAAAGUGAGUAGAAAGAAUCUUCUUAAUGUCUGCAAACUUAUAUUUAAAAUCAGCAGGAGUGAGAAGAAUGACUCUCUGUUUGAGAAUGACGGCAUUCUCGAAUCAUUAUUGGAGGUCCUGAGAAGUGAGGAGCUACAGACUAACAUGGAAGCUUUCCUAUACUGUAUGGGCGCUAUCAAGUUCAUUUCUGGAAAUCCACGAUUUCUCAAUGAAAUGAUCAGCAAAGGUGCUGUGGAAAUAUUGAUGAAUUUGAUCAAGCAGAUAAACGAUGACACCAAGAAAUGUGGCACCUGCUUGCCUAACUCAGGCCACUUACUAGUCCAAAUGACGGCUACACUGAGAAACUUGGUUGAUUCACCACCAGCAAGAAGUAAGUUGCUGAGCAUCGGGGCCCUUCCCCAGCUCUGCUCGGUGAUGGGACAGUACAUGGCUGACAAGGAUGUCUGCACCAAUAUUGCCAGAAUAUUCAGCAAACUUACUUCUUACCAUGACUGCUGUGUAGCCUUGGCCAACUACUCCAGAUGUUACGCCUUGUUUUUGAAACUGAUAAACAAAUACCAGAAGAAACAGGAUUUGGUCGUCCGCAUUGUCUUUAUUCUCGGCAACCUGACCGCGAAGAAUAACCAGGCUCGCGAGCAGUUUUCCAAAGAGAGAGGGAGCAUCCCGACCCUGCUGGCAUUGUUCCAUGCAUUCUACAAACUGGACCUGUGUGCGGAGAAGCCGGCGGCGGGAGCGGAGCAGCCCCAGACGCCCAGGCCGCGGGCCCAGGCGGAGGACGUGCUCAUCAAGCUGACCCGGGUGCUCGCCAACUUAGCCAUCCACCCUGGCAUCGGCCCUGCGCUGGCCGCCAACCCGCAGGCCGUGGGCCUGCUGCUUACCACGCUGGAACACAAGUCAAUUGAGGAUUGUGAGGAGCUGGUGAUCAAUACUACGGCCACAAUCAACAACUUAUCUUACUACCAAGUGAAGAAUUCUGUCAUUCGGGACAAAAAGCUGUAUAUUGCUGAAUUGCUCAUAAAGCUUCUUGUGAGUAAUAACAUGGAUGGAAUCCUAGAGGCUGUGCGUGUUUUUGGAAACCUCUCCCAGGACCAUGACAUCUGCGAUUUCAUUGUGCAGAAAAAUGUACACAAGUUCAUGAUUGCCCUGCUGGAUGCCAAGCAUCAGGAUAUAUGCUUUUCUGCCUGUGGCGUUCUUCUAAAUCUCACUGUGGAUAAAGAAAAGCGUGUCAUCCUAAAAGAAGGAGGUGGCAUUAAAAAGUUGGUGAAUUGUUUAAGACAUUUUGGUCCUACUGAUUGGCAGCUGGCCUGCUUGGUUUGCAAAACUUUAUGGAACUUCAGUGAAAAUAUCACCAGUGCUUCAUCGUGUUUUGGAGAUGAGAACACCAACACGCUCUUAGUCCUGCUGCCAUCAUUUUUAGAUGAAGAACUAGCACUGGACGGCAGUUUUGACCAAGACCUAAAAAACUAUCACAAACUCCAGUGGGAAACAGAAUUCAAACCUGUGGCACAGCAGCUUCUAAACCGAAUUCAGAGUCAUCACACCUUCCUGGAACCCCUGUCUAUUCCUUCUUUCUAACACGACGCAGCUUCACAGAAACAGGAAGUCAGGUCUCCUUCAUUCUUAAGCAGUGGUAACAAGCACAAACAUUUGUUUCUUGGUAUUGACAAAUACUGAAAGUUUUUCAGAUACUGAUUAGGGAGUAGUCUAAGGUUUUUAGAAGAAAGAAGCAAUUUUUUUUCUCAUUAGGUAUUAUGGAAAAAUGAAUAUAAAUGUACUUUCUGUUAUGAGAAAUGUAAGAUGAAAAUAUAUCCAUGGGUUUUCUAAGUAAAUGACUUUUUCUUCUGUUCUCUAGUCAGUACUUCAGUUCUAAUCUUAAAAUCCCGACUGAACAAUUCUUGAAGUGUUUAUCUGUUCUGUAGGUAAGUGAGCUGUGUGGUGAAAUUAGAUUUUUGUAUAUAGGAGGAAUGGUGGUCAACGCUAUGAGGAACACAUUCCUACAUAAAUAUCCAUACUAAUUCUUCUAUCCUCUAAGAAUAACUUUCUGGUUAUGACUAGUAUUUUUCUGGUUCUCCAAUUGAGAGCAAGAAUAAGCCAGAACAUUUAGAAAAGACUUCUUUGGGCAAUAAAUAAAUAAGUAAAUAAAUAAGUAAAAUAGGUGGAAAAGGGAGUAUUUUAUCUUUCUUCUCACUGGAAAUAAAAUGACUAGACCAGACAGUCCUUCUAAUUGUAAAUUUCUGGAACUAAGAGGUGAUGUAAUGUCCUAUAAAAGGGACUAGGCUCAGGCAUAUGGCAGAGCUCAGUUUGAAUCCUAGCUAUCUCCUGCUUUGGCCUUGGGCAAGCAGCUUAAUUUCUUUAGCUUCAACUGUAACAUAAGAAUACUUGAUUAUAGUUCAGUUUGGGGGAAAAAAACAAACCAUUAAAUGGGCAAAUUGCCUAGUACAGUGCCUGAUGUGGUUAGUAGGUGCCCAAUAAAUGAUAACAUUAGGAUGGUAAUUAGUUUAUUAGUCUGCCAUUCUUUGCAGGGUAAGUUUGGCCUUUGAAUGAAUGACAAAAGCCAAAGAAACUGAGAUGGCCAUUAUCCUAUUAGCCAAGUGAGGAUUUGGAAAUAAAAGGAGAUGUACUACUCUGCUUGGAAAAAAGCUGUUAUUAAUGGCUCCUCACCUUACCAAAUGCCAAAACUAAUCGGAAGAAAGCAGAUACCCCAGACUGAAGCCCAGAAUGGCUUUCAAAGGCCAUUAGAAAAUACCUAAAUUUCCAGGAAGAAAUAAACUUUCCUAGAGCCCUUCUAACCUGGGGCUUGUCUCUGACAAGGGCUCAGCACAAUCCCCUGGGGCCAUGCCUUAUUGUAGAGUGUGGUGGGCUCAUCUCUCAAAACCAUUUAAGGAUCUAAGUCUUUAAAUUUUUUUUAAAAUUUUUUAUCUAUAUCAGAUUAUAUAUAUAUGUAUAUAUAUAUAUGAAAAAAUAUAUAUAUAUAUGAAAAAGAUUAAACUAUUUCUCUUACUAACAUGGCCCCCUCAGUACUUAUAAUUAAUCUAAUAACUCAUGGUGGACUACCACUAUAUAUGUUCUCCUUCAUAUAAACUCCUCACCUUCGGACUCAUAUGCAAGCUGGAGUCAGCGAUCUGCCUCCCCCACCUUUUUUUUUUUUUUUUUAAGAUUUUAUUUGUUUAUUUGACAGAGAUCACAAGUAGGCAGAGAGGCAGGCAGAGAGAGAGAGGAGGAAGCAGGCUCCCCGCUGAGCAGAGAGCCCAAUGCAAGGCUCUAUCCCAGGACCCUGGGAUCAUGACCUGAGCCUAAGGCAGAGGCUUUAACCCACUGAGCCACCCAGGCGCCCCCUCCCCCACCUUUAAAGAUUUUAUGUUUUAAGUGAUCUCUACAUUGAACAUGCGGCUUGAACUCACAACCCCAGGUUCAGGAGUUGUAUGUUCUACUGAAUGAGCCAGCCAGGCACCCCUGCCUUUUUAAAAAAGGGAUAAAGAACACAUAACAUAAAAUUGACCAUACUGUUUUCAAGUGUACAGUUCAGCUGUGUUAGGUAUAGUCACAUUGCUCUGCAAUAGAACUCUAGAAUUUUUUCAUCUUGCAAAACUAAAACUCUAUAUCUGUUUAAAAAAAAAAAAAAUCCCCAUAUCCUCUCCCCCCCCCCCAGCGCCUAGCAACCACCAUUCUACUUUAAUUCUAUGAAUUUGAUUAGUUCAGACACCUCCUGUAAGUAGAAUUUGGCUCUCUGUACAGGCUUAUUUCACUUAGUAUGGUGUCCUCCAAGUCUGUCCGUGUUGACCGGAUGCUCUUCCUUUUUAUUUUUUUAUUUUUUAAAAGAUUUUAUUUAUUUACUUGACAGAGAGAGAUCACAAGUAGGCAGAGAGGCAGGCAGAGAGAGAGAGGAGGAAGCAGGCUCCCUGCCAAGCAGAGAGCCCGAUGCGGGACUCGAUCCCAGGACCCUGAGAUCAUGACCUGAGCCGAAGGCAGCGGCUUAACCCACUGAGCCACACAGGCACCCUUCCUUUUUAAAGCUGAAUAAUAUUUCCUUGUAUGUACUUCUCAUAUUUUGUUUAUCCAGUCAUCGAUCAAUGGGCGUUUGGGUUGCUUCUGCCUCAUGGUUAUUGUGAAUCAUGCUGCUUUGAACAUGGCAUGUAAAAUUCUUUGAGAUCCUGCUUUGAAUUAUUUUGGGUAUACAUCCGGAAGUGGAACUAGUGGAUCAUAUAGUGGUUCUAUUUUUAAUUUGGGGGGGAAUAUCUAUACUGUUUCCUAUGGAGACUGCACUGUCUUACAUUACCACCAGCAGUGCACAAAGAUUUGAAUUUCUUCACAUCUUUGCCAACACCUGUUAUUUGUUCUUUAUAGUAGUCAUUGUAAGAGGUGUAAAGUGGUAUCUCAUUGAGGUUUUGAUUUACAUUUCUCUAAUAAUUAGUGAUGCUGAAUAUCUUUUCAUAUGUUUGUUGACUGUGUGUCAUCCCUGGAUUAAUGUCCAUUCAAGUCCUUUGCCCAUUUCUCAGUUUGGUCUGAGUUUUUUUAUUGUUGAGUUGAAAGAGAUCUUUAUAUAUUCAGGGAAUUCACUCCUAAUCAGGUAGGUAUGUCAUUUGCAAAUAUUUUCUCCCAUCCCAUAGGUUGCCUUUUCAUUCUGUUGAUUGCACCCUUCCAUGCACAGAAGGCUUUUUUUUUUUUUUUUAAGUAAUCUCUAUGCCCAAUAUGGGGCUCGAACUCACGACCGAGAAAUCAAGAGUUGCAUGUUCUACCAGCUGAGCUAGCCAGCCCCCCACGGACGCACAGAAGUUUUGGAAUUUGAUGUCAUUCUGUUUGUCGAUUUUUUUUUUUUUUUACCUUUGCUUUUGGUGCUAUAGCCAAUAAAUCAUUGACAAAUCCAA